AUGGGUCUUCCUGGGAUUCAGAUGUGGACAUGGACGCUUUGUGUCCUGAGCUGGAUGUGUGUGGGUCAAGUAGUGGCAGGACCGCAGUACUUGGUGGCCAUUCCUGCAGUUCUUGAAGCUGGAGCUGAGACCAAACUCUGUGCGAGUCUCCUGCAGCCCAACGAGACUCUGGACAUGACCGUCACUUUAAUGUCUCAAAAGCAGCAUAUAACCCUCCUCCAGAAGACAACCAAGGCAGAGUUUCAUUCCUGUGUUCAAUUUCAGGUUCCCUUAGUGCUGAAUCAAGUGGUGCAGAAGCUGGAGGUAGAGCUACGAGGAGACAAUUUUUACUCAAAAGAAGUCAGGAAAGUCAUGAUCAAAGUCUAUCAACCAAUGACAUUCGUCCAAACAGAUAAACCGAUCUACCUCCCUGGACAAACAGUACAUUUCAGAGUCGUUACACUGGACACCAAGUUGAGACCUGCCAGACAGCUGGUGAGUGUUUAAAGUAUCUUUUUUUUG